CGACUGAAUACCCUUGGAAGACUGGUGAGGUAGAUCCAAAACCACCUUAACCAGAUUUAAUAGUACUAUCCACCAGGAGGCGCUGUAAACUAAUCCAUAACAGAACAUGAUGCUGCUUACAGCAGAUGUUCUUCAGCAUUUUUUCCCAUCAAAAAGCAAACGCACUGGUUUUUCUUUCAACACAGCCAUCGUUAUGAAAAAAGUCACGAAUCUCGGUCUCUCUAUCGGUCGGGUUUUUAGUUUGUAAUUCUCUGUCAGUCAGUUUUGCUGCGGCUAUAGGAAACUAUACACGCCCACAAUCAAACGAUCAUUCUUCUCAGAUUUAUUGAAAUAAUCGCCGUAGUAAACUCAUAUUUUACAAAGGCGUUCAGAAAUAUGAAAAUUAUAACUGUCCUCGUUCUUUUCAUGUUUGUCGCUGACGGUAAGUCGUGUAAUUCUGUUCAUUUUUGGUCACUUUCGUUUCAAUCACUGGAAACAGGAAGUGGGUGUAUUUGUUGACAUUUAAAAUCUUUUUGAACGAUUUUACAGCAGUAGUAAGUCAUGCAAACCCCUUAAAUGUUUAUGGAAAUAUUCCAUAAAUGCAUCUAUACACAGAUUUAUUUUCCUGAUCUGCCGCAUGUGCUUUGCAUGUAGUCAGUUUGCGUAUGUUUACGUUUCAGCGUCGUGACGUCGUGAAUGUGGGAUUUUAACAUUGUCGCUAUAUUUGCAUAAACCAUUAAACUGAGCCUUUAUUGAGCGAAUAUUUGUUGUGUGUGCACUUUUAUUUACCUACUUUAUUAACAUAAUAAAACUGACUUUUUUCUGUAUCUUAUUUACCUAGCUACAACAAAUCCAAUCGUUUAUAACUGUAACUUAUACAUUUAGUCUUUUUGGUAAAAAAGGCCAAUUCUGGAUUGGAUUGUGUAUUGUUUUCUUUACUGAUCAUCUGUGUGUUUGGUUUUGAGACGGAUGGCGUGAAGUCAAUAUCAGUGAUGGAGGGAGAUUCUGUCACUCUACCCACUUGUCUUAAUCAAAUACAAAAAUAUGACACAAUACUGUGGAAGUUUGAAAGCACUCUCAUAGCUCAAUUCAACAAGGAUUCCCAAACAUUCUUGAUAAAAGAUGGUAAUGAUGGGAGAUUUAGAGAUAGACUGGAGCUGAACACUGAAUCUGGAUCUCUGACCAUUAAGAACAUCAGAACUAACCACUCUGGAUUUUAUAAAGUGGACAUGAUCAGCACGAGUGGCUCCUCAAACAGAAGGUUCAAUGUGACUGUAAUUGGUGUGUUUGAUCCAGAUGCAGAUAAAAUAAAGCCUGUAUCAGCAAAGGAGGGAGAAUCUGUCACUCUAAAUACUGAUUUUAAAGUACAGAAAGAUGAUCUGAUGCUGUGGAAGUUUGGACGAGCCACCAAACGCUGCGUAUAUAAUCCACUUCAUCAUGUCCCGUGUCAAAGUGAUGUGACUGCCAUCGCUAAAAUUGACGGAGAAACCCGUGAGGUCUCAUUAGAUGCUGGUGACAGUGAGAUGUUUAAAGACAGACUGAAAAUGAACAAACUGACCGGAUCUCUGACCAUCACAAACAUCAGACCUGAACACUCUGGGUUUUAUAUACUACAGAUCAGUAAUAACACUGGGACCAAAUACAGGAGAUUUAAUGUUACUGUUAGUGGCAUUACGAAAUCCCACUCGCAUGUAAUUUGGAUGUCAAUCGCUAUAGUGCUUUUGUUGGUGGUGGCGGUUGGGUGUUUGGCUACAGGCUUUAAAAACUGGCGCAACAGGAACUUUUUGUUCGGGAAACUUAGGUCAUAUAACUGCUGUCAAUCUACGAGGGCGCAUGAACCGGAAUUAAUACCAAAAACAGUGAUAGAGGGAAGACCUGUCACUCUCGACACUGAUCAUCCUGAACUACAGAGAGACGAAGUGGUUGAGUGGAAGUUUGGAGGUAAUGUCAUAGCAAAAAUCAGCAGAGCAGCCAAUAAGAUCUGUCAGAAGACUUAUGAUGGUACCGAUGAGAGAUUUAAAAACAGACUGGAGCUGGAUGGUAAGACUGGAUCUCUGACCCUCAGGAGCACCAGAACCACAGAUUCUGGAGAAUAUCAACUACAGAUUUCCACCAAUGGAAAAGUGGAACUAUACAGAAAAUUCAAUGUUUCUGUCUUUGAUUCCAGUCAAAACAUACCAAAUGUGUCAGCUGAGUCUCCUUUGAUGAAUGAGGAGAGUUGUAGCACAUCCAAUAUGGAGUUGGUAUAAUACUGUCAAUGUUGAAGAGAAACAUAUAUGCUGUUAUUUGCCUCUAAAAUAUUUCACACUCAUGGAUGAUCAAGAACGGACCAUGUGUGAACCAUUAUGUACUGUAUACAUUAUAUGUGCACCACAGUUAUGUUUCUCUGACUGAUGUGUAUAUUUCUGAGAAUAGCUAUACACUAUAUAAAGUGCAAUUGGUGUAUGUGAAUGUUGUGUUUUUGUACAUAUCCUUGAGCCUGUGCUGUGUUUACAGACAUGCUUUUGCUGAAAUAAUCCAUUUUAUUUACUUAUGUCUAGCACUGUAAUUUUUUAAAAUUGAUAUACCUCUUGUGAGUGUAUAACUGACUUAAUUGAAUCUACAAAUGCACUUUGCAUGACUGUUUGACCAAAUAAUAAUAGAAGACACUACAGCUUUAGCACUGCUAUUAUGAAACACUAGAAAUACAGCAUUGUUGCUUUAUUUUUUGAACAGUUGCUGCUCAGUGAAUGAAUGUGAGAGAAAAUGGUAUUAAUUGUAAAUUUCCAUUUGUGGUCUUAUUUUUGUUGAAUAUAUAUUUUAUUUUAUUAUUAUUAUUAUUAAUUUUUUUUAUACAUGUGUUAUAGCCUCAUAGCUCUAAAAACGUAAAUUCAGUCUUGACAAUAUUUUGUGUUUUCUGUCAGUUUGUUAUUUGAUCAGAUCUGACUGUGAAAUCUUAAUGUGAUCUGGAUUAAUGUACUUUUGAAACUGAUAUGCUGCUGGUUUAUAUGCUUUUAAUGGG